AACGCUUUCAUGCUAUUUAUGAAAGAAAUGAGGCCGGCUAUUGCUAAUGAGUCCGGUCUAAAAGAAAGUGCUGCCAUUAAUAAAAAACUUGGAGAGCAGUGGCAUUCCUUGGAUAAAGAAGAGCAACAAAAAUAUUACGAUUUAGCUCAUGAAGAACGAACAUCACAUAUGAAAAAAUAUCCUAAUUGGAGUGCACGAGAUAAUUAUGCUCGUCGCAGUCGAAAGAAGAAGAAGAGAAAGGAUAAGAUGCAAGCUGACUCAGGUACUAAAUGUAGGGCUAGAUAUGGUAUUGAAAAUACUGCAAAAUGGUGUAAACCUUGCAGGUCAGUUUACGGCGAAAGUAAAGAAAUUUCUUUUGCAUACUGGAAGUAG